AUGAAGGAGAAUACACAUCGUAAUGAUGAAAAAUUAGAUCGUAUUAACAAUAAGGUCAAUCCAUCUGCUCUGGAUACGGAACUUCAUCAAUUAACACUGGAGAAAUUAUUACCUAUAUGUGUAUCAAUCGUUUGUGACUUUAUUUGGCCCGUGAUGACUUACAAUGUUGUUGGACUAGGUGAUAAGCAUUCACAAUUGCAAAAGCUAUUAAGUAGUGUGGAUUUAUUAUUGCGUGAUCUAAAAUCGAACUAUUCAGCUCGACGUAAACGCAGUACAUCUCCACCACCACAGCUCUCGCCAUCUCAGCAACCUUCAAAAUCGUCUAAUAUCACUACGAACAAUGGACUUGAUCAAAACAUGAGCAAAAUGGAUGAGUAUCAGACUUUCAGAUUUAAGAGUAGAAGCGAAUUCGUUUUCUCCCUUUCAAACACUUAA